UGGAUGGGUUUCUGAAAACAGAUGAAAGGCAAAGACUAGCCAGGGAAAGAAGAGAAGAAAGGGAGAAGUAUCUUGCUGCCAGAGAACAACAAAUCUUAGAAAAGGAAAGGAGAGCAAAGCUUCAGUAUGAAAAGCAAAUAGAAGAACGAUGGAGGAAGAUGGAAGAGCAGAGGCAGAGGGAAGAGCAAAAGAGGGCAGCAGUUGAAGAAAAGAGAAGGCAGAAGCUCAGAGAAGAGGAGGAACGACUAGAGGCGAUGAUGCGGAGAUCUCUGGAGCGCAGUCAGCAGCUAGAGCAGAAACAGAAGAGAUGGUCGUGGGGAGGAGCACUGGCUGCAGGCGAAAGAGAUGGUGAAUCAGAAAAUACCCCACCCCCUCUAGGUUUAGCUGCCAGCACCCUUCUUCCAGACUCUGUGGCUUCAUCUGCUGCUGCUGAUCCCUCCAAUGCAUGUGACAAACUUUCAGCUUCUACAAUGAAUCUGCCAAAGCAAAUGGAGUCCCCUAUCAAUAAGCGUCUCUCCUCCUCCACAGCAACAAUAACCUAUUCCCCUGACAGAGUAUUCCAUAUCUGUCCUCGUGUAGCACCAGCUAGCCCUCUUAAAUCUCCUUACAAGCCUUCCCCCACCCGAAGCUUAGAGAGAAAGAAGGCAGCUUCUGCUUCCACAUCUGAUGCGAUGAAGGGGGCAUCUGCUGCUGAGGUUUCACAGAGUGAAAAAAAAAAGAAAGAGAAACGGCCCACAGCGACUGGAACUUCAUCUGGGUUGGGAUCUCCUCUCAGAAGAGCUGAUUCUCCAGCAUCCAUGUCUAAAAGAUCAGCUUCACCUGCAACCCCUAAGAUGAUUACCAAGACUUACCCUCAGUCUCCCAUAACUACUAAACAAUAUCCAGCUUCUCCUGUGAAAAACCGUGUCAUGUCAAAUCUCAAUCAAGAAACACCUAAGAAAAAGGCAGAAAAACAUAAAGACAGUCAGAGGGAGAAUAUUAGCCAAAAAAUCCAAGUAUCUCCAUCUGAAGAGGCUGUAAGCCAAACUGUUGCUGAAAAAUGUGUGCCUUCUUCCAACAGUGAAGGGAAACUUGCAGCAGGAACUACUGAUGCUGAAGAAGCCACUAGGAUUCUAGCAGAGAAAAGACGUCAGGCUCGUCUCCAGAAAGAACGAGAGGAAAAAGAAAGGCAGGAGAAGGAGGAGCGUGAAAGGCUAGAGAGAGAAGAAAAGAAAAGAAAAGCAGAAGAAGAGAGGAUUCGGCUGGAGGAAGAGGCCCGUAAGAAGAAGGAGGAAAGAAGGCAUGAGGAGGAAAAGGCUAGAAGAAAAGCAGAAGAGGAAGCUAGAAAAAGAGCUGAAGAAGAACGUAUAUUAAGAGAAAAACGAGAAAAGGAAUUGCAAGCUGUGAUUGAGUUACAGAAAGAAGCUGCAGAAAUGAAGGCCCGGGAGGCAGCUGAACAUUUGCGUCUGGAAAGGGAACAAAUCAUGCUGCAGAUAGAGCAAGAAAGACAGGAGCGAAAGAAGAGAAUAGAUGAAAUAAUGAAAAGGACAAGAAAAAGUGAAACACCGGAAGUAAAGAAGGAAGACACAAAGCCAGAGGUGCCAAUGAUUCUAAAUAUGGAUAAACAGCUAAAGCAGCUUGCUAUCAGUCAACCAGAAAUGAAUGGACUGACCACCCGCAAAGAAGAUGAAGGCCUGGGAUGCGCUGUGCCUGACUCUUUUCCUCAUGAUGUAUUUUCUAAUGGACUUAAGCCACUUAUGGGCCUUAUUCAACUGGAUGCAAUAGAUGGGAAGUCUAACAGCAUGGAUGAUUCAACAGAUGACGUUCAGUCUAUGGAUGUUAGUCCAGCUUCAAAGGAAGAACUCAUUUCCAUCCCUGAGUUUUCGCCAUUGAAUGAAAUAAUGGCAGGUGUAUCUUUGGACCAAAAUGGAUCAAAUAAUGGCAAAGCUCUUGAAGAUCUACUAGAUUUUACUGGCCAGGCCACUUAUCCUAAGCUAUCUAGUGAAAGUCUCAGCAUAGAUGAUUGUAAUAAAAACUUGAUUGAUGGAUUUAAUAGCCCAGGACAGGAGUCAACUUUCAACACCUUAUGUUGACAGACACCCACUCUGCAAUAAGGUACAACAUCUGCGUCGUUCUCUCUGUUUCUACUCUAAUCUAUCUGCUCUCCACCUGCUGUUCAGUAAUAAUCCGCCACUCAAAUA